AUGAUCAUUAAGGUUGAACAAAUUGAAAUUAAAAAACGAGAAAAAAUUGGUGUUGGAGGAAAUGGCUAAGUUUAUCUAGGAGAAACAACAGACGGCAAUUUUGUAGCGAUAAAAGAGCAAAUGAAAAUAAGUGAUCACGAAUAUAAGAUCUUGUAGGCUCUCAAAGGAAAAAAAUGUGAACAUAUAAUUUACGUGCAUGCUUUUGAAGAGUAAAAAAACGGAAUUUUCACAAUUAUGGAACUUGCAAAAAGUUUUGAUAUAAAGAAUAUGUCUGAUAAGAGGGGAAUUUGCUUGUAAGUAAAUAACUUUCAAUAUUUUUUUAGAUGGCAAAAGGAGUUUCUGAAUUGCACUAAUUAGGAUUUUUUCAUAGAGAUUUAAAACCUGAUAAUUUUGUAAUCGGCAAAGAUGAUAAAAUCAAAUUAAUCGAUUUUGGAACCACAAAAUAAAUUGCAGAAGAAAUUCAUACAAAUUCUACUGGAACGUAUAUAUAUAUGGCCCCAGAAAUGAUUAUCACCAAUGCUUAUGAUUCAUCCGUUGACAUUUGGUCUUUGGGUGUGAUCUUUUAUGAGGUUAUUACUAAUGAAAAAUUUUUUGGUAAAUAUGAUACAGAUUAUUUAACAUAUAGAGCGAUAACCUAAAUAAGUCAAUAACAAAUAAAUAAUAAAAUAAGAGAAAAAUUAGUAAAUUAAUAGUUAAAUACAUUAUUAUAAAAAAUGAUUGUUCAAUAUUUGGAUGGAGAAGAAAAAAUUAUAUAAUAAAAAAAAAGAAUUGGAAUAGAUGAAGUAAUUAAUGAACUAGAAAAAUAAAAAUAUUUUAAAUAACAUUAAUAACAAAUGGAAGAUUUGUAUGAGAUUUUAGCUUCCUUCAAACCAAUUGAUAGAAGAACAUUCAAUAUGAUAUUUGAAGCAUUAAUGGAUAUAUAACAUAAAGAAAAUCUAAUAAACUAAAUAUCAAAAGAUGAUAGGAUUAUUUAAUUUUUAAAAUCUAUAGUUAGCCUUACAGCUUUAAAUAAUAAAUUCAUAGAAUUAGGAUCUAAAUCACUCAAUUUAUUAGUCGAGAUAAAGGUUGAUCUGACAAACUAAAGCUUAGAAAACAUUAAGAUAAAGAAUACAUCUUUAAUCGGAGCUAAUUUUGUCAGAUGUAAUUUGAGUGGAUCAGAAUUUGAUAAUGUAGAUAUAAGCGGGAUGAAUUUGAAUGAAGCUUAAUUAUUUAACUGUAGAUGGAAAAACAUAAAAAUAGAUGAAUAACAUAAAUUGGAUGGUCAUAGUGGAAAUGUAAGUUCAGUCUGCUUUUCUCCUGAUGGUACUAAAUUAGCAUCUGGGAGUUGGGAUAAUACUAUUCGAUUGUAAGAUGUUAAGACAGGAAAAUAAAAAGUCAUAUUCCAUGGUAAUACUAGUUAUGUCCUAUCAGUAUGCUUUUCUCCUGAUGGUUCUACAUUAGCAUCUGGUGGCACGAAUAACUCUAUUAACUUUUGGAAUAUUUAGACAGGAAAUUAAAAGGCACAACUAAAUGGUCAUAAUGGUUUGGUCUAUUCAGUGUGCUUUUCCCCUAAUGGUUAAACAUUAGCAUCUGGUAGUGGAGAUAAUUCAAUUCGGCUAUGGGAUGUUAAGACAGGAUAAUAAAAGGCAUAAUUAAAUGGUCAUUCUAAAGAUGUUUUAUCAGUAUGCUUUUCCCCUAAUGGUACUAAAUUAGCAUCUGGUAGUAAAGAUUAUUCAAUUAUGUUAUGGGAUGUUAAGGAAAGUGUAUCUUUAUAUUAGGUAUUUGUACUAUAUAUUCUGAUAUGGGCUUUUAUUUAUUCACACUUCAUAAUAGUUAUGUUAACUGUAGUAUUCUUUAUCUGGUUAAAUCAGAAGAUGAAAAAAUCAAUAUUGUAAGGUCAUAGUGGAAAUGUCAAUUCAGUAUGCUUCUCUCCUGACGGUACUAUAUUAGCAUCGUGUAGUGAUGAUAAAUCCAUCAGGUUAUGGAAUGUUUAGACAGGAUAAUAAAAUGCAUUAUUAAAUGGUCAUAGUGAUUAUGUAAGAUCAGUGUGCUUUUCCCCUGACGGUACAACGUUAGCAUCUAGUAGUGAUGAUAAUUCAAUCAGGUUAUGGGAUGUUAGGACAGGAUAAUAAAAAGCAGAAAUAAAUGGUCAUAGUGAUUAUGUCAGAUCAGUAUGCUUUUCUCCUGACGGCUCUUCAUUAGCAUCUAGUAGUGAUGAUAAUUCCAUCAGGUUAUGGGAUGUUCGCCUUUCAAAUAGCAGUAUUUAUUUUUAUGACUUAGUCUCUUCUAAUAUUAAUCUUCUUCUCAUAUCCCAAUAGCCAAUAUUUUAAGCUUAAGGUGCUUUAAUUCUUAAAGGAUAAUUUGAAAAUAAUUAAGGUGUAGAUUUAUUUUCAUUUUUACAAUCUAAAGGGAGUAUUAUUUUGGAAGACGAAAUUUAAAAUUAAAAUUGA